AUGGUUUGCGUCUCCCUUGAGUUGCACGGCCGCGGCUGCCCCAAGGCGCCCGCGGCGAUCCGGGAGCCGACCGUGCUGCAGGCCGCGCAGUGGGCGGCCGGGAGGAACCGACAGACAGGGGCGGUGGACGCUCCGGCCUCCAUGGAGUCGAGCGCCGAGGGCAACAACGGAGAGGACGCUUCGCUCGAAGGGCGGCUGCUUGGCUUCGUGACGAACGGCUCGUACGACCGGCUGCGGGGUCGAGGCGCGGCGGUCGGCUUUUGUGCGGCCAGCUCGCUCCACGAUUUGCUCUCCGCCCGCCCAGAGCUCCGCGCGGGCGGCGCUGUAUUAGUGGCGGUGCGUAACCCCACUUCGCUCACCCCGCGGCUGGCGCUGGCCACGGUGGCUGCCUGA